AGACUUCCGGGGUCCUCUAAUAGCGGCCAUGUUGAUCGGUGUUGGCGGGGAUUGCCCAGUUUAGGGCUCCUGAAUGCUGGGAGGGACCGCGGUGACUGAACCUGGAAGGUGGAGAGGAAUCGUCCUCGGUGCACAGAGUCGGCUCUACAGCCCCGUGUCGUCACCCACUGCUCCCGGGCCGUGCUUCCCCAAGUAGUCCGAUGGCAGCGACUGCGCCGAGGCGCCUGGCUCAGAGUGAAACAAUGAACUGAAUUCUUUUCCUAAGUUAAUUCAGUCUGUGCCCAGGAAUGAACAAGGACAGCUGAAAGGUUGCAAGCAAGAUGGAGUCAAUUAGCAGGACACUGUGACCUUUGAAGAUGUGGCUGUGAACUUUUCCCAGGAGGAAUGGAGUCUUCUUAGUGAGGUUCAGAGGUGCUUAUACCGUGAUGUGAUGCUAGAGAACCUGGCACUUAUAUCCUCCCUGGAUUGUUGGUGUGGAUCAAAAGAUAAGGAGGCACCGUCUAAGCAGAGCAUUUCUGUACAAAGAGAGUCUCAGAACAGGACUCCUAGGGCAGUUGCUUCUCCUAAGAAGGCUCACCCCUGUGAAAUGUGUGGCCUCAUCUCGGGGGAUGAUUUGCACUUUGUUGAACACCAGGAAACUCAUCAGAAGCAGAAGCUGAACAGGAGUGGGGCAUGUGGAAAAAACUUGGAUGACACUGCAAACCUGAAUCAGCACCAGAAGCAGCAUAUUGGAGAGAAAUUCUGCAGAAAGAGUGUCAGAGAAGCAUCGUUUGUAAAGAAACGUAAGCUCGGGGUGUCACAGGAGCCAUUUGUCUUCCAUGAGUUUGGGGAGGACGUUCUGCCCAGUUCAGGAUUAUGCCAACAAGAAGCCGCUUAUCCUGUAGAGAACACAGACAGUGAAACUAAGCACGGCCCGCCCUUUCAGGAGGGAAAAACUAAUUCCGGGUGUGGAAAACGCACAAAAGCCUUCAGCACCAAACACUCAGUUAUUCCACACCAGAAACUUUUCACUAGAGAUGGAUGUUAUGUAUGCAGUGAUUGUGGAAAAUCCUUUAGCAGAUAUGUCAGCUUCAGUAAUCAUCAGCAAGAUCACACUGGAAAAGGACCUUAUGAGUGUGGAGAGUGUGGGAAAUCUUACAGUCAAAAGAGCAGCCUCAUUCAGCAUCAGCGAGUUCACACUGGAAAGACAGCUUUUUCCUGUGGGGAGUGUGAGAAAUCUUUUAGUCAGAAGGGCAGGCUUAUUAACCAUCAUCAGCAUGUUCACACUGGAAAAGGACCUUAUGAGUGUGGAGAAUGUGGGAAGUCUUUUGGUCAAAAGGGUAAAUUCAUUCAACAUCAGCGAGGUCACACUGGAGAGACAGCUUAUCACUGUGGGGAAUGUGGGAAAUCUUUUCGCCAGAAGUUCUGCUUUAUUAACCAUCAGCGUGUUCACACUGGAGAAAGACCUUACAAAUGUGGAGAAUGUGGGAAAUCUUUUGGUCAAAAGGGCAACCUCGUUCAACAUCAGCGAGGUCAUACUGGAGAAAGACCUUAUGAGUGCAAGGAGUGUGGAAAAUUAUUUAGGUACAGAUCCCACCUCACUGAACACCAGAGACUUCACACUGGGGAAAGACCUUACAGUUGUAGGGAAUGUGGGAAAUUAUUUAACAGGAAGUAUCAUCUUCUUGUUCAUGAGAGAGUUCACACUGGAGAAAGGCCGUAUGAGUGUGAGGUAUGUGGGAAAUUAUUUGGCAAUAAGAACAGCGUGACUAUACAUCAGAGGAUUCACACUGGAGAAAGGCCAUAUGAAUGCAGUGAAUGUGGGAAAUCAUUUCUUUCUAGCUCUGCGCUUCAUGUUCAUAAAAGAGUUCAUUCUGGACAAAAGCCUUAUAAGUGCAGUGAAUGUGGAAAAUCCUUUGCUGAAUGUUCCAGUCUCAUUAAACACAGGAGAAUUCACACUGGAGAAAGGCCUUAUGAAUGCACCAAAUGUGGAAAAAGAUUUCAGCGAAGCUCUACCCUCCUUCAUCAUCAGAGUUCACACAACAGAAAGGCCUUGUGAGUGCAGUGAAUGUGGGAAAUCCUUCACUGAAACAUCCAGUCUCAUUAAACACAGGAGAGUUCAUACUGGAGAAAGGCCUUAUGAGUGCUGUCAAUGUGGAAAAGUUCAGAAUAUAUGCUCUCCUUGGUCUUAAGAGACUUCGCGUUGAGACCCUCUCAUUCUGUCACCCAGGCUGGAGUGUGGUGGCACAAUCUUGGCUCGCUGCAACUUGGGCCUCCUGGGUUCAUGAGAUUCUCCUACUUUAGCCUCCCGAGGAGCUGGGAUUACGGGUACACACCACCACGCCUGGCUAAUUUUUGUAUUUUUAGUGGAGACGGGGUUUUACCAUGUUGGCCAGGCUGGUCUUGAACUCCUGACCUCAAGUGAUCCACCCACCUUGGCCUCCCAAAGUGCUAAGAUUACAGGCAUGAGCCUCUGCACCCGACCUUCAUUCUUUUUGUAUCGCUUGGAAUAUGACAUGCUGAACCAGGCAUGGUGGCUCAUGCUUGUAAA